GUCAGGGCGUUGGGGGGCCCGACGGGCUCCGGUUGCGCCUGCGCCUGGGCUCUCGGAAAGGCCGGGGGCGGGGCCGAGGGGUGGGGAGAAGGGGGGAGGGAAGAGGCCGCAGGAGCCCGGGACUGACAGACGGGCAGGCGGGGGCUGCGGCGGCGCCGCACCGGCGCCCCCCAUGCGCCAGGCGGCCGGACGGCGGCGUCGGGGGGCGCCAUGGCCUCGGCGGCGGCGGGCGAAGCGGAAGAGACCACCCGGCUGCGCAAGCCGCGCUUCUCGUUCGAGGAGAACCAGAUCCUGAUCCGGGAGGUGCGCGCCCACUACCCGCAGCUCUACGGCGCGCAGAGCCGUCGGGUGAGCGUGGCUGAGCGGCGGCGCGUGUGGGACGGCAUCGCCGCCAAGAUCAACGGCAUCACCAGCUGGAAACGCACCGGCCAGGAGGUGCAGAAGCGCUGGAACGACUUCAAGCGCCGCACCAAGGAGAAGCUGGCGCGCGUGCCGCACUCCACGCAGGGCGCCGGGCCCGCCGCCGACGAAGCCUUCUCCGCCGAGGAGGAGACCAUCUUUGCCAUCCUGGGGCCCGGGCUGGCGGGGCCCGGCGCGGGUGCGGGGACCGAGCCGCCGCCGCCGCCGGCAGCCGCCGCCUCGCAGCCCGCCGCCCCAAGUGCCUGCGUCCCGCGCUCGACGUGCUCUGAGGACCGCAGGGCGGAGCGCCGGGCAGAUACACCAGCCCACAGCAAGGGGGGCUCCAGGAGCCCAGAUCCCUGGGUUCGCCCUGCAGCCAGGCCCCACGAGGGGGUCUGCUUACCGGUCAAAGAGCGCGAGACCCCGCCCCCAGCCCCCACGCAGGGCCCCCCCACCGCAGGCCUGCCGGCCCCCAGCCCCCCGCCGCCGGCUGCCCCGUCGGCCCCCGACCCCGCGCUGGACUUGCUGCGCGCGCAGCAGGAGACGGCCGAUGCCAUCCGCGAGCUGGCGGGCACCCUGCGCCAGGGCCUGGCCAAGCUGAGCGAGGCCCUGAGCGCGCUGCUGCCGCUGCUGCCCGGGGCCCCCGGCGACCCUCCGCCCCCGCCGCCGCCGCCACCGCCCCCCCGGCCGCCCCCUCCCGCGCCCGUCCCCAAGGUGGAGAUGACGCCCGAGCCCGUGUCCGUGGUGGCCGCUGUCGUGGAUGGGGCCGUGGUGGCCGCCAGAGGGGUGAUCGUCUCCCCGAGGAGCGAGGAGGGCGGGGCCCGGCCCCCCCUGGCCCCGCUGCCGCCCCCCGACUCGCCCCCCCACAAGAGGAGGAAAGGGUUCCCCACGCGCAAGCGGCGAGGGCGGUGGAAAGCGCCCUGAAACCAGCCCCCGGGCCCGGGCUCAGCUUCUCUGCACUCCAGCCUUCGCCUUCUCCCCCCAG